AUGCCCGGCGAAGGUAGUGCUGCAGAUGGUAUCGUGAGGUACGAUACCGACUUCUGUACUCUGGGCAUGUUUAUUCUUGAUGAUAUCGAUUUCGGGGGAACUCAACCGAACGUAAAGAAUGUCCUCGGAGGUGCGGCUUCUUUUGCCGUCAUUGGAGCCCGUCUUGCCGCUGGGAAAGAGCACUCGCGAUCCGUCAGUUGGAUUGUUGACGUUGGCUCUGAUUUUCCAUCAGAUGUUCUAGACGUGAUCAAAGCGUGGGAUACAGACUGUGUGAUUAGGACUGACUCCGGGAGAUUGACCACGAGAGCAUGGAACGGUUACGGGCCCAAUGAAGAACGAGCUUUUCAAUACUUGACUCCUAAAUUACGGUUGGAGCCGUAUAUGCUGUCGGACUCCCAGGUAUCUUCAAAGACGUUCCACAUGGUCUGUUCUUCCUCCCGUUGUAUAUCCAUAGUACAGGAUAUUCUACGACGUCGGGAGGAGCUACAAAGCAAAGCGAAGAUUCCUGAUUCUGCCAGUGAUAGACCCAUUUUCGUAUGGGAGCCUGUGCCUGAUAUGUGCACUCCUGAAGAGCUGCAAAAAUUCUUAGAGGCCUGUCGUCAGGUCGAUAUUGUGAGCCCCAAUGACCUAGAACUGGGGAUGAUGUUCGGGCAACCUUCUUGGAGCGAAGGAAGCGCGUCCGGGGAGGACCUCGUGAACCGAAUCCUUGAAUCAGGGGUUGGACCUCGAGGAGAAGGGCACUUAGUUAUCAGGGCGGGAAAAGACGGCUGUUACUCUUAUUCUAGGAACAUGAAGCUCUGGCUGCCCGCGUAUCAUCAGCCUGGUGCCUCAGCAAGUCCUCCAGUUGUUGACCCAACAGGAGCUGGAAACUCCUUCUUAGGCGCUAUGGCCCAGGGAAUGGUGAGCGAGGGCAGACACCCCGCGAAAACCAUUGAUUCAGUUCUCGCGGGGUCCGCGUAUUGGCGGGAAGCAAUCGUGCCUUCCGGAAAGCACAAAAUCCUAGUUGCCUUGAUCCUUGCCACCGUGGCUGCAGGUUUUGUCGUUGAACAGAUUGGGGUACCUCGCCAGUCUACGUCUCUCGAAGGGAAAGAACAUUGGAACGGAACUGAAUUCACGGAACGAGUCCGCCUGUACACACAGGGAUUAUAUCGAACAUUUGAAGAAUCUCCCCAAAAGCACUUGCAGAUCAACUGA